CUCAGCACAAGCCGUUACGCUGGCCUGGCAGGUGGAGGCUUCGGCAGCAGCAGCAGUGGAAAAGAAAAGAAUUACAGCAUCAAAUCAGAGCUGAAAACAGAGUAAAUUCCCACUCAGAAUGGUCCACAGAGGGCAGCGUUUGGGCUCUUUGGACGUAACACUGGUUUUCCUCCUGGUCUGCUCCGUCACGGGCUUCCUGCUGAUGGACGAACGUCGAGACGCAGAGGACGACCAGGAGCUCAACAAAGCUAUUUUGGAAAUGCUACACAUCAAAAAAGUGUCAGCGAACCACCAGGCCAAACCGCAUCCUUACAUGAGGAGAAUCUACCAGCAUCUGGACUCACUAGAGGCGGAGGACCUCGGGAGAUCGGACGGGACGCUGGUCCAGAGUUUCCGGAGCGUUGACGGUCCACCUCACGCUCCCCAGGGCUGGAUCUGGUUCAACGUCAGCAGCGUGAACCCCUCCAUGCUGGGAGCAGAGCUGGUUCUGUUCAGAAAGACCCUCCACCCCGAUCCACUCAGCGUGACCGUCGCCCUCCACAGCGUCACUGCUUCACGGGGAACUCUCAGCGAAAGCCCUGCUCUCGAGGAGAGACAGCUGACCUUGGACCAGCGGCCCUCGUCCGGCUAUGACGUGUUCGACGUGUCGGCCGUUCUGGCCGCGAAGCCUCUGGACGUGGUGGGUUUCCAGCUGCGAUACACCGACGAGAGUGGGAGCCUGGUCCUCCAUGAAGUGCUGACACAGAGCCUGUACUGUCUGAACAGAGGCUCUCUGAGUGAACCCUUGCUGGUGCUUUACCAGGCACACCCUCUUCAGAUCUGACUCUUUUUUUAUUAAACCUAGUCUAAUACGUUCGGUGUCGUCAACCUCUGAUAUGAGGUGUUUUAAGAAAAACUUCUCAAGGUACUUUGAAGGUGUCUAGAUAUGCAGACGAUAUGAAGGUUUAUUUGCAUUUAAGUUGUGCAUGAGAGAAAACUUUAACACAAACAGUAGCUAAACGUAAUCGAUGAGCAGUUUAAAUAUGACAUAAAAUGUACAGUUCAUAAGUCAUGGGACCAUUUUAAUUCCUUAAUUUCCUCACAUUUGUCCCCUUUAAAGACAAAUCAUCAGGGCCCAGCAGGGA